UAAUUAUAAUGUAUAGCAUUCUUUCUAAGACCCUACAAACCUAACAUAGAGAGACACAAACUCACUAGAAAAAUAUUCACACCCAGAAAAUAAAUAAAUAAAAUAUCUAACCUUCCAAAAGCUGACGGCGUUUGCUUCCAUAUAAGGAAAGUUAAAGAUUCAUUCUUAGGAAUCGAUAUUGUUUUUUUAUACUCACAACAACAACAUGCACCAAAGAGAAAGAAAAAAAAAAGCUGACUAAAAGAAUUGUAUGUUGCUUCUAGCUGAAACAAUGGAUUGGGAUACCCGCAAAAGGUUUACAUUACCUCUUCAAGCAACCACUCUUGAUGCUACAAUAGCCACUUCAUAGCAAAGUUUUAGAAGAACAGUUGGAGUGAGACAAAGCAAAACAAGAAACAGAGUUAGAGUUAGAGAUAGCGAGAAAGCUUCAAUGGAGAAAGUGGUUGUGGAAAACCUUUGGAAUGGUGACAGAGAUGCACAAAUUCAAGCAGCUAUGGAGCUAAGUAGAUUUAGUAGUAAGCAAAGGCACAAGUUGGAAGAAAGUGGAGUCUUGGUUCCUCUGGUUUCCAUGCUUCAUUCUGAAGACUAUGAAGCCAUUGAAGCUUCUCUCUGUGCUCUACUCAGUCUUGCAUUCGGCAGCGAACGAAACAAGAGAAGGAUCAUCAAGUGUGGAGCUUUGCCAGUUCUGCUGAAUCACCUUCACUCUCAAAGCCAAACAGUGGUGCAAUUGACAGUAGCAGCCAUGCUAACCCUCUCAUCCUGCAAGGCAAAUAAGGUUGCAAUUGCUUCAUCCGGUGCUCUACAACACUUGGCUGAAUUUGUAAAUAGCGGUGACAUUCAGUUACAGCUUGAUGUUGUGGCCACAAUCCACAACCUCUCAACCUGCGAAGAGAUUGUUCCAUUGAUCGUUGCUUCUGGCAUUAUACUUUCAUUGAUUGAACUGGUCCACAACUCUGUGAAAUCAUCUCCGCUGGGUGAAAAGGCGAUUGGUUUGCUCGAAAAUAUUGUCUCUUCAUCAGAGAGUGCACUUUGUGAGGCUGCUAGUGUUGGUGGGGCAAUUCGGAUACUGGUCGAGACUAUUGAAGAUGGAUUCACUAGGGGUAUACUUUUCCUUAUAUGCCAAAGUUGCAGAGAGAAAUACAGAGGUUUGAUUCUGAGAGAGGGAGUGAUGCCAGGACUGCUUCAGUUAAGCAUAGAUGGAACGCGGAGAGCCAAGAACAUGGCUCGAGAACUGUUGUUGCUUCUGAGGGAUUACUCCGAUUAUAGUUCAAGACAAAAACAAAUGAAUCAUGAGCUCAUAGAGCGGAUCAUGGAAGAAAUUGAUGCAGAUGGAGAGAAAUUGGCUGAUGCUAAGCUGCGUUUAGUGGAGGAGAUGAUUGCAAAGCUGAACACAUAAUCUUGAGUAAAUAGGGACGGGCAUAAGGUUCGGGACUUCAGGUCAUAAUGCCGUACAGAAUCACCCGUUUUUUCUUUUUUGAACAUUUCGUUAUCAGUGUGGAGCACCUAUAGGACUAAGACUUCCAUUAGAAACUAGAAAAGAAACAUGACCAAAAAAAAAAAGAAACUAGAAAAGAAAGCAUUGGUGUCCUCUAGGCCGGUAUAAAAUUAACAACAUUCUGUGUACAUAGAUUGGUUAGUGAUCUGAUAUGUAUCGAGUUUGAUUAUGGCGGUGCCUAUUCGAUUGAUGAUUUUCUAACAAUAUUGAU